AUGAGUAAAGAAGCCACCAUAUAUAAAGGUAAUCAGACACAAAAGGAUCAAUCUAAGAGGGACAAGAAAGGUAAAAAGAAACUCAGAUUAAAAGUUAAUGAUUCCGUUCUUGGAGCUGUACAAGAAGCACAGCCUUUUGAGGAAGCUGCUGACCAAUUCAAAAAACCUGGUGCUUACUAUGGAAUUACCAAAAAUGAAGUUAUAAAUGAUGUCUUUGGUUGUCAAAUUCAAGAUCCUGAUCGCUCUAACCCAACUAGAAAAACAGAUGAGCGUCCACUCGAUACUAUCCGCGGGUUUCAAUAUUCUAUAACAGGGGAUUCUAGGAUACUAACUCAAUUAGAAACCCCAAUAUACGGAUUUCAGAUGAGGCCAGAUUUUAAUUUCAAUGAUAUAGCCACUGCACAGAAAUAUAACCAAGAAGUUCAUUCAUCUGAGAUUAGAAAGCCUGAAAUAAUAGAAUAUAUAUCAGAUGAGGAGUCACUGGAGUCACCAUCAAAAUGGAGCUGGUUGUUCCUCAAGAAACCAGAAAGAAUACACAAGUAA